CCUCCGCCGGCCGGGCGCGGGACCGCAGUCCCAGCCCUCGCUCGCCGCCGCCGGAGAGCCGCUCCCCGCCGCGCCCCGCCGCUCGCCCCUGCGGGACACAGCCUCUCCAUGCAGGAGAAAAUUUCCACCCUCUGUCUCCCCUGGGCCUUCUCCUCAGGAGAAGAGGAUGCAGAAUCAUCACCUUCUACGGCUCUGAACUCCUUCCUGUAUAGAAACCAUCCAGCUCCUUCCCAGCUGGGUCUGAUCCUGAAUUGAGCCUGACAGACCCUCCAGGUGCAACUAGGGUCAAAGUCUAUCACUGAGGAACAUCAAGAGCUGGGAAAGCCGCCCACGAUGGAUCGCCUCCUUCUGGCUCUGCUUCUCCUGUUGCAAGGGGUCAACGGAAGCAGCCGCCAUGCCGAAGAUUUCCGAUUCUGUGGCGAAAGAAGGCAAACGAAGAAAAGCCGUAUCAUUUAUCAGAUGCGGCCAGAGAACAUCAUCACCAUCGAGAACAGUGCUGAGACGCUGCAAAUAGCUGCGCCAUUCCCAAACCUUGUCAACUACAUGUUACCGGACAACUUGGGGAACUACCGCUUCUGCCUCUACUGGUACCAAAGGGACAGGAUUUUCAACCUCACGUACGGCAGAAACAACUACACACUGAGUGCCGAGGCGAACCCUUCCUUCGACUUUUCAAACCCAAGCGCACCGCAGAAUAAAAGUGGGGUCCCUGUGCUUUCCAACGUGUCCUACGCCUACGGCAAAGGCCUGCGGAACACCUCCCUCAGCAGCGCUGCUGUUUACUACUUCUCCAUCCGUGACAUCAGCAAGGUGCAUGCAAUUGAAGAACAAUUAAGGAAUUUAGCAAACUUCAUGAAGAAUCCCAAUAAACCCACUGGAAGACAGACCAAUGCCAGAGCACCAUAUGAGAGACUUUUGCAUUUGGAAUCGGACCUGGAACAGGUGGUGUUUGAAGGGGAGAGCGAGACUUUUGGGACGAGUAUGGUGCGUGCAACUGUUUUGAAGAUAGGACCCAGCAAAGCCUCUCAGGAUCUGCCCUUCGUGUCUGAACUGGAGGUGGGCAGAGAGGUCCAUGGGUUUGCGGUGAAUCUGCCGAGGAUCCUCUUUGCACAGGCGAAGGGCAGGAAGAAGAACACUGGGAGUCGAGUGCUCCUGAUGGAUAUCAACAGCCAGGCCCUUUUCCAGGACCAGAACGGCAGCAGGGUGCUCGGUGAAAAGGUGAUUGGCAUCACUGUGGGGAACACCCCCGUAUCAGGCCUCCCCCAGGACGUGGUCCUCAAAUUCUUUCAUGACCAGCUACCGAGGAACGUGACUCCACGGUGCGUGUUCUGGGACGUGGACUCCAGCCAUGGCCACGGCAGCUGGAAAAGUGAUGGCUGUGAAACAGAGACGGGUAAUAACCAGACGGUCUGCCGUUGCAACCACCUCACCUAUUUUGCUGUGCUGAUGAUGUCCUCUCCGGGCAUAGAUUACAUCCACAAGAAGUACCUGACGAUUAUCACCUACAUUGGCUGCAUUAUCUCAGCUGUGGCUUCCCUCUUCACCAUCAUCCUCUUCUGCUGCUCCAGGAGGAAGCACAGAGACGGCACCAUAAACGUCUACAUUCACAUGAACCUGCUGGGGGCCAUCUUCCUGCUGGAUGUGAGCUUCCUCAUCACUGAGCACUUGGCCUCCAUCGGCAGCGAGGCAGCCUGCAAAGCCGGCGGCAUGUUCCUGCACCUAUCUCUGCUGUGCUGCCUGACCUGGAUGGGCAUUGAGGGCUACAAUCUCUACAGGCUGGUGGUGGAGGUCUUCAACACCUAUGUGGAGCACUUCAUUCUCAAGCUCUGCGCGGUGGGCUGGGGGCUUCCCAUCUUUAUCGUGGGUGUGAUCUUCCUGGCGGAUCAGACAAAUUAUGGACCAUUCCACAUUGAAGUAUUUGAAUCCCUUGAGAAAUCCACCAAUGCAACCAUAUGCUGGAUCACAGCCCCCCUGAUCCAUAACAUAGUCAACCUGGGCAUCUUCAACCUGGUGUUCCUCUUCAACUUGGUGAUGCUGGGAGCCAUGGUGUGGGAGAUCCGCAGGCAGAGGAAGAGAGGCCACAAGCUUAAGCACACCCUGGUGCUCCUGGGGCUGAGCCUCGUGCUGGGCAUCCCCUGGGCACUGGCGUUCUUCUCCUUUUCCUCGGGAUCGUUCCAGCUCGUCGUCAUCUACCUCUUCACCAUCAUCAACACUUUGCAAGGCUUCCUCAUCUUCCUCUGGUACUGGACAAUGGUGCUGCAGGUCAGAAAGUUGAAGUCCUACCCCUCACCGAAUAGCUCUGACAGCACCAUGUUGCCGUUCAGCACCAGCCGCAACAGCGCAGACUGAAUCUCCUGCUUUCUCUGGUCACAGCUGGGACGGUCUCUGCCCUGUGAGUCAAGAACCCGGCAUCGCACUCCCAGAGGGGAGGUGGAGGCAUCGCAUUUGUCUGAUGCUCCUGCUUUGCUACACGUGGCCGUGUAUAAUCACAAGAAAUGUAGAGAAAUUCACACACGUACACCCAGACACUCUGAACCGGGAGCUGCCGGCAUGGAGUCUGUUGUUCGCUAAGACCACGGCAGCAGCUCGGUUUCUCUCUGCACAUUCCCUUCUGGAUCUCUCGGGUCCAGCUCUGCCUGGUUCCCAGCAGCAUUAAACACCAGUCUUGUAGCAUAUGCAUACCCCUGGGCUCCCAGGUAGAUCACCCCUUCAGUAUAAACGUCACUGGAAAAGACAGAGAGUGUUAUAAGCCAGCAAGGGCUGCAGCCUUCUCUGAUGGGGGAUCAUGGACCUAGUCUAUUUCAUGCUCCUGUUACAUCUCUAUCCACAUCACAGCCUAGAGGAAGGGCAGGGAAGAGCCUGGUAUCCACCUCUCCCAGGGCUCCAGUCACAUCAGGCAGCUGCCAAGUGAAACCACAAGGGCAGAGGAGAGAUUGGGCAACGGUAAAGGUUUCAUUUUCUUCAGAAUGCAGGACAGGCCCAUGAGCAUCUCUGGCGGGUCCAGACUGGAUCAGGCAAAGAGCUUGCCUUCCUCUGUAGCAUGGGGCACGAGUCACUUGCUGGAGGAGUCUCUGCUCCUUGAAGUCUUUAAACCAUGAUUUGAGGACUUCAAUAGCUCAGACAUAGGUGAGAGGUUUAUCGCAGGAGUGGGUGGGUGAGAUUCUGUGGCCUGUGUUGUGCAGGAGGUCAGACUAGAUGAUCAUAAUGGUCCCUUCUGACCUUUGUAUCUGUGUAUCCAGGCAAACACUGUGGAGUAGGCAUGUGUGGGUUAUAUGCAUCUUAGGUAACAAGGCCUGGGGGGUGCUGUCACCCCUCCUGCCCAAUGUGUGUGGCGUGCUUCUGGGGGAGAGUUUGCUAGGGCUCGGUUCUCCUCUCACACUGAUGUAAUUAAUGGGCUUUCAGGGUAAGGCACCCAACUCUGACUGCAAGUCAAUGGGGGUUGGGCAUCUCAACCCAGCUGUGCUGUAGGAAAUCUCCCGCAUUGUCUGUAGGUCACAAUGCAGGGUCGCUUCCCCAAGGGGUUUGCCUGGUGGAGGUGGGUGGCCAUGGAUGGAUUUUUGCACACGCACCUUGAACCCGAUGGAAAAGUGCAUUUUUUGCCAGCCUAACAUAGGAAUCAAUAAUCUGUCUAACUGCUGAGAGAGCCCUCGCGCCCGAAAUAAAAUAUUACAUGGCGAA